UUUACCUAUAUACUUAUAUAUAUCACAAAAGUAAACGUGAUCACGUUUAUUGAUCGGAACAGGAACGUCAUAGUGUGUCCAUCCAUUUGUGCUUCACUGAUUAGAAGAAACUCGGAAGCAUUUGAACACCUGGAUUAAUACAGAAUUGUGUGUUUUGUGUUAUAUUAAUCAUAUUAAAUCUGGUACAGCGUAAUGUGUUAAAUGAAAAUAGAUAGUUGUCACAAAGGAUAUAUAUAUAUACAUAAUUGGAGAAAAAGGGAAUACUUUUAACAUGUUUAAACUCAUCUUGUGAUGGAGCCUGAAGGUAAUACAAAGAAGUUUCUGUACAGUGGUCCAAAGAAAGACGACCAAGAAGAACAAUGGACCUUCUCUCCACGUAAACAACAGGCCUCUCCUAGAGAAACACAGUUUGGUGUUGACGAUGUAUGGAGUAUACAGAAGAACGUUUCUUUAGGAAAAAAUAUAAAGCCUUCUACAGAUGGACUUAAUUUGAAAGCAAACAAUACUUAUUACUCUAGAUAUGGGAAUGUAAAAGGUAAAGAUGACUUGACGUCAAAAAUUGGAGGAUCAAACUUCAAGGUUGGAAAUGAAAACCAAUUUGGAUCUACAGCAAAUUCUACAAACAAAUCCUGGAAUUAUGAGAAGAGAGGAUUUAGUUAUUCUUCAUUUGGAACAGCAAACAAUGGCAUGAACUCUUAUAAUGGUUCACCAAACAGUACGAAAAACUCUCCACCAUUUAGUCCUUUUGGCAAUGCAAGGGGCAACCAAGACAGUUCAUUAUGGUGAACCAUUCAUGUAGUAGCUUUAAUAUUGUCAGAUAAUCAUUUCUGUUCACUUAAACAUACUUCAGUGUAGUUCUGACGCCUAGUGAACCAAGUCGUUUAGGCAAUUUUCUGCCUUGACAUUACAAUUACUAUUCACUAUGCUAGCUGUAGAAAAGGAAAGUGUUUUACAUGUGCUACUUAAAGAACUGGCUUAAUGACUGGAGAAAAAAAAUAUAGAAUAGAUAAAUGGGCAUUGGCUUGGAAGGCAAUAUGUUAACAUUUUCCUUGUAUGUAAUAAAUAUGAUAGAUAACUGUCUAACAUGAUACAUUGUAAUACUAUUUUAAUACAGAUAAAAACUUGCAAUAAAUUGAAUGUUUAAGGAAACGUAUUUCCAGUUAUUUUACACAUUCAAUUUUUAUUCAAGAAAAUGUCGAGCUGCAAUUUAUCAAUGAGUAAAUGGACUUAUACAGAAUGUUAACUCUAAUUUCUUUACAUUGUAUUGAAAAGUUUCAACAUCCAUUCAGAUAUUGCCAGUAUUAAUCAGUUUGUCUGAGACUAAAAUGCCAAUCCCAUAUUGUAAUAUCCCUUUUUGAAUCGCUUCAUUCCCAUCUAUUUUGAAUAUAUUCAAGGGAACUUAUUUUUGUGAGUUCCACGAUAAAGAGGCAAUUCACAAAUUGAUGACCUAUGAAAAACAUUUUAUUUGGUUACAUGAGUAAGAUGGUGAAACGUUUCAUUUUGAUAAACAAGAAUUUUUUUCUGAACCCUGACUUAAUAUUUCUUUUCGUAUGAAUCAUCAUUUAUUUAUUUAGCUAUCCUUAAUUGGAUUGAAAUUCUUAUUUGCUCUAUCAUUUGCUUUUCAUUUAGUUAAGCUUCAAUUGUUCAUUACCUGGGUUAUGCUUAAAUAAUGAUUAUAAUUUUAUUCAUGUGUUUUGAUAAAAUUACUAUUUUUAAUUGAGGAUUGAUAUAAUCAUAGAUAUUAGGAAAGAGAUCUGAUAGUUUUAUCUGAUGUUUGUUACGUGUAGUCUUAAUAUUUUACAAAGGUGAAUUUUAAUGUCUUUCAACAUUAACUACCCCACCCCUUGCCAAAACUUCUUUAAAAGUUAUAUGCUCAAGACAUAGGACUGUUUCUUUAAAAAAUAAUAAUUUGAAACUGAGAAUGGCUGGUUCAUUUUGUUUCAAACGGCAUGUUUUACAAACAUAGCCAGCACUGGUUCAUCAAAUGGAAAUAUUUCAAAGUGUGAGAACUCAGUAUUUAAUGUUACUUGUUGACAUGUAUGUUUUAAUGUUGAAGUGCUCCAUAAAAAAAAAUUAUUUUCCAGAUAUGUUUUCUCUUUGUCGUGUAUGACAAGAUUUUGAAACAAUGUUAAAACUUAGUCAUAAUUGUUCAAAGUUUGCAAGUUAAGUUUUAAAUUUGUUUUCAAUAGUCAUUCGAAAUCUGGUUUAAUAAUGAAUAAAAAGUAUUAUAUUUGAUAUGAUGAUAGUUGUAGGUACAACAUGUAGAUGACUAUUUUUAUUGUUAUGAUGAAUAAAUUAUAGACUACUAAAGUGCAUUUAUUUUUCUUCUUGGUAGACAUUCACUUGAUGUGAAAUAUACUACUCAUGACUUGCAAUUAUCUGUAAUAGUUGCAAUUAUUUUACAUGCAUAAUGUUGUUAUUUCUGCCUUUUUUUGCAUUUAUUUCUUGUUUCCUAGAAUUAAAGUUGUAAUUUAAUUAUUUAGAAUAUUUUUCUUAUGAUAUUUCUUAAAAUUAAAUCUAUAUAUUUCAGCAAGACGAAUAUUUAAAUCUCUUUAAUUUUUGUGUUUUAAUCUUGACAAUUUCAAAAUAUUCAAAUAAAAAAAAAGAAAUGUGUUAAGAAUAUUACUGUAUGAUGUUAAAUCUAGUAUAUUGACUGAUCAGAUAUUUAGAGAAAAAGAUAUCUAAAUUUAGGCAAUUGUGUAAAAUUAAAAAAAAAAAAAAAAAUGACCUAAAAAUUAUUUUCUUCUUGUCAACAAUGUCAAACUUAUGUACUUUUACAUUAGUUUUGUGUAAAGGUGUUUUAUUUCAUGAUAUAUAUUUACAACUCAGAAGUUCCUUUCACACAAAAAAAAAAACCUGACAAGUCUUUCUUAAUUUUUUAUGACUUGAGAGUAAUUUUACUUUUCAGAUGUUUUGCAUAAUUUAGUUGCAUUUGUUGAAUCUUUAUUUGUUGUAUUUAAUUUAAUUUAAGUUCUGUUGAAAUUUUUGCAUGAAUAGAAGAAAGAAAAUAAAACAGAAUUUCAAGUUAA